AUGGCUCCGAGUCCGCAUAUCGGCGUCAUCGGCGCAGGCAUUUCAGGCCUCCGGUGCGCCGACAUCCUCAUCCAAAACGGAGCCCGAGUAACAAUCCUAGAAGCAAGAGAUCGCAUUGGUGGGAGAGUUCACCAAUCAACAGUUGGAGACCAUGCGGUGGAUCUAGGCCCUAAUUGGAUUCAUGGCUCGGGGGAGAACCCAAUAAGGACCAUAGCGGAAGAAACUGGAACAGUCAUAUACGAUCCCGAAGGUGGAAGGCAUACCACCUACUCACGAGACGGCCACCCGAUCACCGACGAAGUGGCCACUAAGGUCCAGGACUUUGUAUGGACUACUAUAGCAGAAGCCUUCAAAUACAGCAAUGACCAUGGAGAAAGCAUCCCCGCCGAGAGGAGUCUGUUCGAUUUCUUCCGCGAACGAGUCCUGCAAACCGACUUCUCAGAUGAAGAGAAACAGCUCUGUCUCGAAGCCUGUAGGCUCUGGGGUGCAUAUGUCGGCGACCAAGUUGACAAGCAGAGCUUGAAAUUCUUCCGUAUGGAAGAAUGCAUCGAUGGGAGCAACUUCAUCGUGGCAUCUACAUACAAGCGCAUCCUAGAGCAUGUCGCAGAAACCGCCACCGCAAAAGCCAAUAUCUGCCUCAAUGAACCCGUCACAAACAUCAAAGCGCCACCCCGCAACAACCAAUCCCAAACAAAGCACAAAGUAACGGUAACAACCACGAGGACAAGCUACGACUUCGACGAAGUAGUCGUAACCUGUCCACUGGGCUGGCUCAAGCAAAACACCUCAGCAUUCAGUCCAGCUCUCCCACCGCGUCUCGAACAAGCAAUCAACAACAUCUCAUACGGCCGACUGGAGAAAGUCUACGUGACAUUCCCGCGCGCCUUCUGGCACGCGAAUAACACCAGCAUCCCAGCGUCCCAGACUCCACCUAAUACCGUCUUUGCCCAAUUCCUCGAACCAUCGUACACCUCCCACCCAAACAUAGAAUGGAACCAAGAAUGCAUCUCGCUCGCCUCGCUCCCAGAAUCACAAGCCCAUCCAACCCUCCUUUUCUACACGUACGGCGACAGCGGCACCGAGAUAAUAAACCGUCUUUCGGGACUAGCGCCCUCAUCGCUCGAAUACAGAGAAUCCCUAAUUCAAACCCUCCAGCCCUUCUACUCCCGGCUCCCCGGGUACAGCGCGGAGAACCCGGAUUGUGUGCCGGUUACACUGCUUGCUACACAGUGGCAGAAGGAUGUCUUUGCUGGGAAUGGGUCGUAUUGUAAUUUCCAGGUUGGGGUUGAGGAGGCGGAUGUGGAUGUUGAGGUUCUUAGGUCUGGGGCUGGGAUUGGUCCGGUUAGGGGACUUUGGUUUGCUGGGGAGCAUACGGCCCCGUUUGUUGCGCUUGGGACUACUACUGGUGCGUUCUGGAGUGGGGAGAGGGUUGCGAGGUUGCUUUGUCGGGGGGUUGGGAUUGGGGAUGGUGGAGGAUGA